UAGGAAAGAUAUCUUCAGCUACAUUGACAUUGCCAACAACUUCUCACUGACCAAAAACAGCGUGCGUGUGGGACAGCUGAUGCACUUCGACUACUCCAGCCACAAGUAUGUCUUCUCCAUCAGCAACAACUUCAAGUCCCUGCUGCCGGACGCCUCUCCUAUUCUCGGCAAGCAUUACAGCAUAUGUGCGGUGGUGGGAAACAGCGGCAUCCUGACUGGAAGCCACUGCGGCUCAGAAAUCGACCAGGCUGACUUUGUCUUCCGCUGCAACUUUGCCCCCACGGAGGUCUACUCUAAGGAUGUGGGCAAGAAGACCAACUUGACCACCUUCAACCCCAGUAUCUUGGAGAGGUACUACAAUAACCUGCUGACCAUUCAAGACAGAAAUAAUUUCUUCCUCAACCUGAAGAAACUGGAGGAAGCCAUUUUGUGGAUUCCCGCCUUCUUCCUGCAUACCUCAGCCACAGUAACCAGGACCCUGGUGGACUUCUUUGUGGAGCACAAGGGCCAGCUGAAGGUCAAACUGGCCUGGCCAGGAAAUAUAAUGCACGAUGUCAAUAAAUACUGGAAGACUAAAAACCUAUCCCCCAAACGGCUCAGCACCGGAAUCCUCAUGUACACGCUGGCUUCCGCCAUGUGCGAUGAGAUCCACCUCUACGGCUUCUGGCCCUUUGGCUGGGACCCCAACACGGGCAAGGAGCUGCCUUACCACUACUAUGACAAGAAAGGGACCAAAUUCACCACCAAGUGGCAGGAGACUCACCAGCUGCCCAGCGAAUUCAAGCUACUCUAUAAACUGCACAGGGAAGGUGUGACCAAACUCAGCCUGUCACACUGCAGUUAGACUGCAGAGGCCGUGACCCAGAUCCACAUCAGCUCAUCGCAGACCUCCAUCACAGUUGCGUAGUGCAUGAUAAAUGUAAACACAAUGAUUGAAACACUCAUUUUAGAAACACGCCGAGGUUCGCUCACUUCACCAAUCACAUGCUUUAUUUCCAUAUUAAUGUGUUCAGUACUGUUUACUCUCAUUACUUUCCCAUUGUUGUCCAGUAAUAUUUGGUCAUUUUUUUGGCCAAGGUUGGAAA